AUGAAGCAGCAGAGAGAUGCCUUAAUGACAGCACUCAAUAGUGGAUUCAAGAAUUUUUUUAAAAAUGUAUCCAUUCCUGACGAGAAUCGGGACCCGCUAGGACGUCCCGUACACUACGCCCACGCUUGGGCCGAGUAUCGUCGGCAGGCACGGGAAAUUCAACGCCGAUUUGGUGGAGAGACUGGGGACGUGUUAGGCUUCGGACAAGAUGAUUGCGGCCAAAUUGGCUACGUCCUUUCUAAGGACGAAGACAAGCCAACAACCUACUUGCCCUUUGUCAUCAAGUCGCUCGUUCGCAAGGAUGUUCGUCAGAUUUCGGCCGGUGGUGUACAUUCGCUUGCCGUCACGGCGGACGGUGACGCCUACUCAUGGGGUACUGACGAUGACGGCACGCUUGGCCGUAAAAACGAAGCAGACACAGCGAUUGAUGCCACCACGCCGAGUCCGGUCGUCGGUUUUCGUACGGUGGACGGAAUCAACGAAGAUAGGCAAAUUGUUCAAGUAUGCGCCGGUGCGAGCCAUUCCCUCUUUCUAUCCUACAGUGGAAAUGUAUAUUCUUCAGGAAUGAUGAAAGACAUGGAUUCGGGUAAAUUCCGUGACAUACAAACCGUCGAAGAUGACCCUGCUGGCUAUAAUGAGAAACCGGUGCAUGUGGCUCUGAUGCCUAAAAAGGUCACUUUUAUUUCCACGACGACCGCAUUUUCUGCAGCCAUUUUGGAGGAUGGAACAAUGGUGACCUGGGAUUGCUCGAAAGGAUUUGGAAACCAUGGGGAGCUGGCUCGUACGGCCACCAUGGGCGCAAAGAAAAACAAGGAAGGAAGACCCGAUUUAGGGCAAGGCUUCUUCUACACGACAAAGCAAGAAGACGGGGACGGCAAUGUCCGAUUUGUGGCCACUCCUUCGUUGGUUCGUGAACACUUUUUGACUCCCAAGCCCCCCAUCUGGUCCUUUGGGAGUCCACAAAAGAAAGUGAUCAAUGUAGCAUGUGGUUCGUAUCACCUGUUGGCGGUUGCACGGGAACCUGACGAUGCAAAGUUGCGGGUGUACUCAAGUGGCAUCAACAAUUAUGGCCAGUUGGGACAAGGUGACUUUGGAGUAGAGACCGAGCGCCAUGAGCUCACAAUGAUUAAGGCAUUGGAAGAUGAAAAUAUAGUCAAGGUUGCAUGCGGUGAAUUUCAUUCCUUGGCUCUCAAUCUAAUUGGUACGAAAGUAUUCGCGUUCGGCCGUGCGGACUACGGUCAGCUCGGGACCAAACUUUUCGACUUUGGUGAAUGCGGGGCAACUCCCGAACAGGUCGCCUUUCCCAGUGAGGAACGUGUCAUAAUAGCAGAUAUUGAUGCUGGAAGUUCUCACUCGAUGGCGAUUACCAUCGAUGACGAAGUGUAUUCUUGGGGCUUCGGAGAUGGCAACACUGGAUUUGGCGAUGUUCAAAGUGAUGUUGUAUAUCCACGAAAGCUAACACUCACGGCCAAGCAAAUCAAUGCCAAGGGCCGAGUUCUUGCCACCAGCGGUGGUGGACAGCAUGGGCUUAUGCUAGUCAAGCGAUACGCAUUUCAGACGUAA